CAGACUUUACGUGUAAAUAGAUUUUGUGAAUGAGUAUGACUGCGACUGAAUGAUUACAAUCACAGAGAUUAUUUAUCAUCAAAAAUGAGCUUCAUAGAAAAAAUAAUCCUGAAGCUUGUAAUGGAUCCACAAAAAUUUGAAGAGGAGUGUUUUCAAGCUCACAACGCUUACCGAAAAGCACAUGGCGUAAGCCCAUUGGAGAAAGACCCGGACUUGACUAAAGAAGCUCAGCACUGGGCUGAACAACUGACUAAAAUAGGAAAGCUGGAACAUUCAGACAAAGAUGGUCUGGGCGAAAAUAUUGCGUAUAGAUCGGGGCGCCCUUUCAAUGGAUUCAUAAUCUCAAAGAUGUGGUAUGAUGAAGUUGAUGACUACAGUUUUACUAUGAAUAAGUCUGCCAAUGGGAGACCAGUAGGUCAUUUCACUCAAAUUGUUUGGAAAAACACGGAAAAGGCUGGAUUUGGGGUCGCCACAGCGCCAAAUGGAAGAAUAUAUGCAUGUGGGAAUUACACAUCGCAAGGCAAUGUCGGUGGGCAAUUUAAAGAAAACGUUUUGCCCAAGUCGGCCAAAAUAGAUUUGCCGCAAAAACAUAUCGAAGAAACUGGCAAGGGUGAAGGAGAGCGCCGAGACGUUACGCUGCCAGCGGACACAGGCGCUCCAACUCCAGGAACGACAGAAACAAGGAAGACAGAGAUUUUUACUCAAAACAAUGUUUUGAUGAAGAAAACAAUCAUCACUACAACAACUGUAGUAGAAACACCUGGUGGAGGAUGGAGUUCUUCUACAUCAUCUAGAUGGGAAGUUGAAGUAUUGGAUGGUGAUGAAAUUGACGACGAGGAAGAAGAUAGCGAUAGUGAUGAAGACAUACAUGAUGGAGUGAACAAUAUGUCAAAACUUGAAGCGAAAUCUUUUCGAAAAAGUAUGUUGAAGCAAAUCAACAGAUUUCGCAGAGGACACGGAGCGCCAAAGCUUAAAACCAGCAAGGAGUUGACUAAAGAUGCACAGAAACAUGCGUUAAAGAUGCUGAAGAACGAUCAACUAAUUGAUUAUUCGGAUAACAAUUGUGGACAAACUCUUGCUGUUAAUAUGCCUAGACCAAGAGGUGAUGAAAUUGCUUUGAUGUGGUACGAUGAAAACGAGGAAUACGAUUACAUCAAUCCAAUUUCAAAUGAUUCGAAUAAAAAUUUCACUCAGCUUGUGUGGAGUGGAAGCGAGAAAAUUGGAGUGGGUGUGGCAUCAAACAAAGAAGGAGAAACAUACGUCAUUGCUCUAUAUCAACCGAGAGGAAAUAUUCCGGAUCAGUUUAAAGAAAAAGUCAACUAAAAAUGUUUAAACUGGCUAAUAAAGUAUUAGCUAUUAGUUAUACUCAAAUAUGUAUUCAAUCAUGAUUUAAGUAUAAUAUUCAGAAUAUGUCGAAUGUAGUUUUUCAUGUUUAUCAAUGUUUGGUGUUUGUCUAGUGAGUAUUAUUAAUCAGUUUCUACUUAGUAUAAACGUGUGGCUCAUGUUGUACUGAUAAAUAUAAUUGCAGAAGCUCAUAAUAUCUACCUAAUAUCCAAUUUGACAUUUAUUUACUCGGAACCA